GACCGCGCGGAUGCCGACUGGGCCACUCCGCUGUGCCUAACCCUGCUGCGGCCUUCUGAGUCAUCAGCCCCGCCCUGCGCAGCCGGACGCAGCCGGAGGCCCCGGAGCAGCAGAUACCAGCGGACCGGCGGACGUGUGAGCAAGGCGGUGAGCGCCCAGUCCGGAUUCCCCCUGCACUCCUUGAUCCCGGCCCUGCGGCCUUCAGAUCCGAAGAGAUCGUAAAAUCUUGGGCACAGGGGUACCCCCCGACCCGUGAUCUCAGAUUCGAACUCCCAGACCUGUCCGGCCUCAGUUAUCCCGCCCUGGACUCUUCCACCUUCUCUCUCAGGAUCUAAAGAAUCUGGAAUCACAGCCAUGUUCCUGGUUAACUCGUUCUUGAAGGGUGGCGGCGGCGGCGGCGGGGGAGGCGGGGGCCUGGGCGGGGGCCUGGGGAAUGUGCUUGGAGGCCUGAUCAGCGGGGCCGGAGGAGGCGGCGGAGGAGGUGGAGGCGGUGGCGGCGGUGGUGGUGGCGGAACUGCCAUGCGCAUCCUGGGCGGGGUCAUUAGCGCCAUCAGUGAGGCGGCUGCGCAGUACAACCCUGAGCCCCCGCCCCCUCGCACCCAUUACUCCAACAUCGAAGCCAAUGAGAGCGAGGAGGUCCGCCAGUUCCGGAGGCUCUUUGCCCAGCUGGCUGGAGACGACAUGGAGGUCAGUGCCACAGAACUCAUGAACAUUCUCAACAAAGUCGUGACCCGACAUCCUGAUCUGAAGACUGAUGGUUUUGGCAUCGACACGUGUCGCAGCAUGGUGGCCGUGAUGGAUAGUGACACAACUGGCAAGCUGGGUUUCGAGGAAUUCAAGUACUUGUGGAACAACAUCAAAAAGUGGCAGUCCGUAUACAAACAGUUUGACUUUGACCGUUCAGGGACCAUUGGCAGCAGUGAACUCCCAGGAGCCUUUGAAGCAGCAGGGUUCCACCUGAAUGAGCAUCUCUACAAUAUGAUCAUCCGACGCUACUCAGACGAGGCAGGGAACAUGGAUUUUGACAAUUUCAUCAGCUGCCUGGUCAGACUGGAUGCCAUGUUCCGUGCCUUCAAAUCUCUUGACAAAGAUGGUACUGGACAAAUCCAGGUGAACAUCCAGGAGUGGCUGCAGCUGACCAUGUAUUCCUGAAGGGGAGCUCCAGACCUGCCCCCCUCAUCGCCUCGCUGUAGGAGUCAGCUUGGACUCUUCAGUCUCUCCCAGGGCUGAUCCUGUCUGCAAUCACAUCUUCUCGGGUCCUGCUGACCCACAGGCCUUUCCGUUCUCCCAGCCCUCAGUACCCGGCUCUCAGUCAAAAGCCAGAGCCCAACGUGCCCCAACAUGCCCUGCCCCAAGGGUUACCCCAGCCCUGGCACACCCAUCUCACACCCACUCUGUAACCCCUCUCUUGCACCUGUGCCAAGCCUAGUACUUGUGUUGCUUCCACACCCCAAGGGCCCUUCUCUCAGUUCUGAGAGUAUCACUCCAGUCUCUACGCCCAGUUACCACCUAGGCAGCAGAACUCCAGGCCAUUAACAGGCCCACAUGCCCCAGUGCCUUUGUCUGUAUUCUGCUCCCAGCCUGCCAGGCCCAGGAGGAAAUAAACGCACCCCAGUUGCUGUUCUCUCUGA